AUGUCUUCCUCAUCAGCGUCGUCGAGCAGCCCAACGCCGGAACCUCAGUCGUCUCCCAUUCUCAAAAGGAAGCGUAAAGUCGAAGAAAAUUUUGACUCGGACACCGAUGAAGUAGAUUCAGACGCCUCUGAUGAGGAGGAAGCUGCUCCCGCAAUACUAGGCGAACCCGUCCUCUCACACGCUGAACGACGUCGUCAAAAGAAGGAAGCCAAAGCCAAGGGAAAACUUGAAGCUUCUCUAGCCAAAAAACGGAAGUUGAAGGAUGGGAGCGCCGUUGCUGUUCCUGUAUCCGCAAAACGACAAAAUUCUGUGUGGGUUGGGAAUAUGUCGUUCAAGACGACACAGGAAAAUUUGAGGACGUUCUUUGAUGGGUGUGGAGAGAUUACGAGAAUUAAUAUGCCGACAAAAGCGCCUGCUGGGCCGGGAUUGAUUCCGGAGAAUCGAGGGUUCGCUUAUGUUGACUUCUCAACGCCAGAGGGCAAAGCUGCUGCUAUUGCUCGUUCGGAACAGCCUUUGGUUGGACGGAAGUUGCUUAUCAAAGAUGGCGAUGACUUUGCAGGAAGGCCUCUUGCUCCCGGUGUAGAUGUGAAAACGAAUGACUCCGCUUUGGCACAAAGGACGCACUCGAAGACAGCCCAGAAAAUUCUGCGCGCGCAGAAACAGCCUCCAGCACCGACGCUUUUCAUUGGUAAUCUGGGCUUUGAGACCACUGAUGAUGCGAUCCGUCAGUUGUUUGAAGCUCAUAGAGUGGUUUCGAAGAACAAAGAAGUCAAGGAGGAGGAAGGAGAGGAGAAGAAGACCAAGGAUGUGUGGAUACGGAAAGUGCGGAUGGGGACAUUUGAGGAUUCUGGGCUUUGUAAAGGGUUCGCUUUUGUGGAUUUUACGAGUAUCGACCACGCAACCUCCGUUCUUAUCAAUCCAAAAAACCAUCAUCUGAAUGGACGAGAUCUCGUCGUUCAAUAUGCCGGUGCCGAUGCGGUACGUCGUGGAGCCGUAAAAACCAAACCGGUGGACGGUGCUGCUCCAAAAAAGGGGAGAAGACCUCUGUCAGCGGGUUAUAAACCCAAGCGACCCCAACUUCAAGGGGAGUACUCCUCUGCGGAUAAGGAACCCACUCGCAAACACAGGGAAACGAAGCCCGUUGAAGAUGAUUCGGCUUCUUCCAAAGUCAAGCGAGAAAAUCCUGACGAGGACAAGCGAACGUCGAGAGGCGAAAAGGAUGGGGUCAGACAUAAAGGACCGAGGACACGGCCUAAACCUGGAGCGGCUCUCGCGCUUGCAAAAAGGGAGUCUGCCGCGAUUAUUCCCAGCCAAGGACAGAAAAUUACGUUCUAG